AGAAGUUACAUCCGUGAAUGAGACCGCUCGGGCACUUCUCGCGAGACUUUCCCCCUCAGUGGCUCGUGCUCCAGUAUGGCAGUUGUCGCUCUGAGGUCUUGUCGCAGAGGUCUUUCUCGCUUUUUAAGCCAUGGCGGCUUCGCACUUUCGUCCGACACACACUCGAAAGACCGAAGACACAAGUCCACGGUUCAGUAUGCUACCAGGCCGGAUCUCCCCAAACUCGCCUAUAGGAGGGUGAAAGGCAAAAGUCCAGGGGUGGUCUUCCUGCCUGGUUAUGGGUCUAACAUGAAUGGACAGAAAGCUGAGGCGCUGGAAGAAUUCUGCCAAUCACUUGGACACUCGUACCUCAGGUUUGACUACACCGGACACGGGGCCUCAGAAGGAGUGCUAGCAGAGGGGACCAUUGGCACGUGGAAAAAAGAUGUCCUUUUUAUGCUGGAUGAAUUUGCAGAGGGCCCACAGAUACUCGUGGGCUCCAGUAUCGGAGGCUGGCUCAUGCUGCUGGCGGCUAUUGCGCGUCCGGAGAAGACUGCCGCCUUGGUGGGCAUCUCCACCGCCGCCGACCACAUCGUCACCUCGUUUAACGCUCUUCCACUGGAGACGAAGAUGCAGUUCCAGGAGAAAGGUGAAUGGACGGUACCGACCAAGCACAGUGAAGAAGGCGUGUACAAGUUCAGCAUGGACUUCCUGCACGAGGCCGAGAACCACUGCGUGCUGCAUAGCCCCCUCCCGGUCACGUGCCCCGUGCGCCUCAUUCACGGCCUGAAGGACGAGGACGUGCCGUGGCACAUUUCCAUGCAGGUGGCCGAGCGCUUAAUCGGCGCCGACGUGGACGUCAUCCUGCGGCGCCACGGCCAGCACCGCAUGUCGGAGAAGGAAGACAUCAAGCUCAUGGUGUACACUGUCGACGACCUCAUAGACAAGUUGACCACCAUGGUGUGAUGACAAGGGCGUGGGCCGGGAGGGGCUUAGCCUCCAAAGACUGUUUCCUACCAAAACAAGGCAAGUUCCUUCUGCCCCCACCA